UUACACGAGGCGACCUUUUCGGAGAAGGAAAAGCAGAUGUGCAUCGCAAAGAAGCAUACAACCGUGGAUGAAGCAAUGAAAGUUCAAAGGGACGUCCGCGCGACACGCCUAUUGCUGACGCACUUUUCGCAGCGAUAUGAUAUGCCUCCGGACGUUGAUCAGGCGUCU